CCGCCGCCGUGGUCUCCCUCCGGCCCCGCGGUGCGGAGCGCGCCUGCGCUGGCCCUCGCCUCGGAGCAGCCAUGAUGGAAGGCCUGGACGACGGCCCCGACUUCCUCUCUGAGGAGGACCGCGGAGUGGAGUAUCUGCAUCUCUCCUGGACUCCUAGCUUUGUUCCUCCCUCUGUAUUUCUUCAUAAUGUCAUCAUUUUCCGAUCAUGAAGCAAAAAAAUCUGAAUCAUAUCCUCCAUCCCCAUAUCAGAACAGUCACUGAGCUUAAAGCAAUAAAUGUAGAUCUUCAAAGUGAUGCUGCUCUGCAAGUGGACAUUUCUGAUGCUCUUAGUGAAAGAGAUAAAGUAAAAUUCACUGUUCACACAAAGAGUUCAUUGCCAAAUUUUAAACAAAAUGAGUUUUCCGUCGUUCGACAACAUGAGGAAUUUAUCUGGCUUCAUGAUUCCUUUGUUGAAAAUGAAGACUAUGCAGGUUACAUUAUCCCACCAGCACCACCAAGACCUGAUUUUGAUGCUUCAAGGGAAAAACUACAGAAGCUUGGAGAAGGAGAAGGGUCCAUGACAAAGGAGGAAUUCACAAAGAUGAAACAGGAACUGGAAGCUGAAUACUUGGCAAUAUUCAAGAAGACUGUUGCAAUGCAUGAAGUAUUCCUGUGUCGUGUGGCAGCACAUCCUAUUUUGAGAAAAGAUUUAAAUUUCCAUGUCUUCUUGGAAUAUAAUCAAGAUUUGAGUGUGCGAGGAAAAAAUAAAAAAGAGAAACUUGAAGAUUUCUUUAAAAACAUGGUUAAAUCAGCAGAUGGAGUAAUUGUUUCAGGAGUAAAGGAUGUAGAUGAUUUCUUUGAGCAUGAACGAACAUUCCUUUUAGAAUAUCAUAACCGAGUUAAAGAUGCAUCUGCUAAAUCUGAUAGGAUGACAAGAUCCCACAAAAGUGCUGCAGACGAUUACAAUAGAAUUGGUUCUUCAUUAUAUGCUUUAGGAACUCAGGAUUCUACAGAUAUAUGCAAAUUUUUUCUCAAAGUUUCAGAACUGUUUGAUAAAACGAGAAAAAUAGAAGCACGAGUGUCUGCUGACGAGGACCUCAAACUUUCGGACCUUUUAAAAUAUUACUUAAGAGAAUCUCAAGCUGCUAAGGAUCUCCUCUAUCGAAGAUCUAGGUCACUAGUGGAUUAUGAAAAUGCUAAUAAAGCACUGGAUAAAGCAAGAGCCAAAAAUAAAGAUGUUUUACAGGCAGAAACGUCCCAACAAUUAUGUUGUCAGAAAUUUGAAAAAAUAUCAGAGUCUGCAAAACAAGAACUUAUAGAUUUUAAGACAAGAAGAGUUGCAGCAUUCAGAAAAAACUUAGUGGAAUUGGCAGAGUUGGAACUAAAGCAUGCAAAGGGUAACCUCCAGUUGCUGCAGAACUGCCUGGCAGUGUUAAAUGGAGACACAUAAGCCACACCCCACCGUCGGGGUCAAAAAGGGCUGCCUUCCUUCAGAUUUUACAUUUGUUUUCUUCAUGAUGUUCGGCAUUCACUGCUCACUGGAAACAAAAGAAACAGCUGACAACGUGCACCUACUCACCUCUUUUCUGAGAAACCAGGGAGCGGUGCGGCCCACGGGCACUGCCAGCCCGGCCUAUGGUGGGCACUGCCCUCCCGCCUCCUGCACCUGCAGCUCCCGGGGGGGGGGGGGGGGUUGCUCCUCCUCUUCAAAAGCCCAAAGUUCAGUCCUUUCCUACAGUAGCCUCUAUAGCUCUGUUAUUUUAUGAAUAGUAUUCCUUAUGGCUGCCAAUCUUACUUACCUUUCAGUCAUUUCUGAAGUUUAACCCUUUCAAAAUAUAUUCUUCAAACAAGAUAAAGAUUGCCACUACCUUUUUCUGAAUUUUAUUUUUAAGGAAACAUGGAAUACCACCUUAGUUCAUUCAUGUAUCCUGGUAAAGCAUCUUAAUCAGACUUAUUUUUAAUUAAUGAAUAUUUCUUAGAAGUUUUGGGACAAACUUUAUGUAAUCUUUCUAAGUAUGAUUUCUGAAGAAAAGCAAAUGCGUUAGUAUGUUUGCCUUAAACUUGUAGACUAAACCAACUAUUGUCAAAUAAACGGUGAUAACAGUGA